AUGAUGACGACAAGCCUGAAAAGACGACGUUCUGUCACCGACGACGGCACGGAAGAGACACACUCACUCGAGAAAAUCAAGUCCAUGAUCGAGGACCUCGAGCACCAGAUGGUGGAAUUGCACAUCGAAAACGUGACCAGACAGGUGGAGAUCUCGAAGCUGCGCAAGGAGAUUGCCGAGGUCACCUGGUCGACUGAGAGCCUGUCCGCCGAGAGUACAGGACAGCAGACGCAGCUCUCGGAGUUGCGGACCGAGGUUGACAGCCUUGUCCCUGUCAGCGACAUGGUCUUCGACAUGCGGUACCGCGCUUUCUUGGUCUGUUUGCGAGAUAUCUGGGGCAUUGAGAACGAGGCCGUGCGGAAGAGGGUUGGAGCCGCUGACAAGGAACUGGUCCAUGCCAAUAUCAAGGUUGAUGCGCGGAUGUUCUUUGUGAAGGGGCUUGCGGGUGAAGAUGAGCUGUAUUUCAAGAAAAUCUAUGGCGUCACCCCUAAAGUUGUUGUGGAUCUCGAGUCUCACAACUGCAACGGUACCUGGGAAGUACUGAACCAUGUGGGCGCGCUGCAUCUCAACGGACGGCGUCUCAGAGCCGAGGCAGAGAAGAUUCUGGAGGUGAUGCUGGAGCAUGUGGAUGACUUGGAAUUCGAGCGAGCAGAAGAGGAGAGCGAGAAGUUUCCGGUGGUAGGCAUGGCGUAG